AUGAAAGCCAAAUUUUUGAACUUAGCUUGUUAUGAGCUUCAAAACGAGUACAAGCACGACUAUAUUCGCACGUAUCUGAUUUUUGCCCCAAGGACCAUGCGCCUUCUCAGCUUAAAGGAUUACGUAAAAACGAUGCAAGGGAUCACCGAAAAAAUAAGAAAAAAAGAGAUGAUAAAUUUCUCUGAUAGUGAGCUCAAUUUACACAAGUCGAGAAGGUCUUACUUCCGGAAACUGCGUCUCGCCGUGAGCAGGCUCUCAACCGAAUGUGUCAUGACCCGAUUAAAACUAUUCAAAAAAAUAUCCAUCUUAUCUACAACCGGAAACUAUGAUAAGAGAAUUUUCAAAAUCGAAAAUAUGGACGAGCGGAAGAAUUCGAAUUGA